CAGCUGGCCAGGUAGAUGCACUUCAUGUUAAAGAAUACAAGCGGGAAGUACAGUACUGGAGAGAAGUUUUAAAGAGAGUUGUUGCAGCGAUCAAGGCAUUGGCAUCAAGAGGACUUUCAUUCAGGGGUUCGACGGAAGUAUUUGGUAGUCUACAUAAUGGCAAUUAUAUGAUGCUAUUAGAAUUUCUAGCUGAAUUUGACCCUUUUCUUGCUGAUCACAUUGAAAAGCACGGAAAUCAAGGCAGAGGGAACGUCUCUUACUUGUCAUCAUCGAUUUGUGAAGAAAUUAUCCAAAUUAUGGCUACAGAAGUUCUAAAAUCAAUUGAUCAGGAAGUUACAGAAGCCAAAUACUAUUCAAUAAGCGUAGACUCCACACCAGAUAUAACGCAUACCGAUCAACUGGCUUUUAUUACUCGCUAUAAUAAAGAAGAAUGAAAACCAGUGGAAAGAUUUUAAGGAUUUAUACCAAAUCCGGGACACAAGGCUGAAGACCUUUAUAACGCUGUUAUUAAGAUGAUGGAGGAGCAUAAUUUCAAUUUUGCGAAUUGUAGAGGUCAAUCCUAUGACAAUGCGGCAAAUAUGUCAGGUAUAUAUAAUGGACUGCAAGCAAAAAUAAAAGAAAUCUCUCCUUUGGCAUAUUGGAUCCCAUGCGCGGCUCAUUCGCUGAACCUCGUCGGAGAACACGCUGCUGGAUCGUGUAAGGCAUCUCGGAAUUUUUUCUCACUUCUUCAGGAUAUUUACGUUUUCUUCUCAAUCUCGACUGCUCGCUGGGGGAUACUAAUGAAACAUCUGACUGGCCCUUCAGUGAAACGAUUAUCUACAACUCGCUGGUCGGCGAGAUAUGAAGCUUGCAACAGCAUGAACCAAAAUUGGAAAGAAGUUGUCGCAGCUUUGAGUGAAAUUGAUGAGCGGGACAGGUCUAAGACUGGGAGUGAAGCAAAAGGAUUGAAAAUCAAGCUAACAUCUCUGGAAACCGCAAUAAUGUUCGCUGUAUGGAGUCCAAUUUUGGAAAGAUUUGAUAAAGUGAGCGAAGCAAUACAGAAAGUUGGCAUUGGUAUAGAUGAAGUAGUUUUGUAUUAUGAGUCAUUGGUUGAUUAUAUCUUAGGAUUAAGAGAUCAAUUUGAUCGAUUUGAGGAGAGAGCGAAGAUCAAUUCUGGAUUUGAGAAAUAUCGAAGUGAAGAAAGAAGAGCCACAACAAGAACUGUUCCUGCUGAUGAAACUCGAGUGGGACAUACUGCUUUGAGUGGGAGGGAAAACUUCAGAGUAGGGGUUUAUCUUGUUAUAAUUGACUAUCUAAUAAGAGAAUUGAAUCAACGUAAAAAUUGCUACAAGGGUUUUGCUGCGAAAUUCUCCUUUUUAUUAAAACUGCAAUCGAUUAGUUCUGAAGAAUUAAAAGUAGCGGUUACUAAUCUCAUCUCUAGUUUUCCUCAGGAUUUAGAUGAAAAACUCCACGAUGAAUGUUUGCACUUCAAAUCCUACUUAGCACAGUUAGAACAACCUCCAAAAACUCUACACGAGAUGAGUACCUUCAUUAGAAGUGAUAAAAGCUUAGUGCAAGUGUUUCCCUACAUCGAUAUUACAAUUAGAAUGUUUUUAUGCACUUUUGCAACGAACUGUUCAGCAGAGAGGUCGUUUUCAGCAUUGAAGCGAAUUUUAUCCUAUUUGCGAUCUAGCAUGUCUCAAGAGCGUUUGAAUUCUCUGGCCGUUUUGUGCAUUGAAGCUGAAUUGUUGAAAAAAUUAGACUUCGAAGCUGUGUUGCAACAAUUUGCGGAAAAGAAGGCAAGAAGAAAACCAUUAUUAGUUUGA